CAAGGUGUGGAUCAAGGUGUUUUAAAACUUCUAUAAAGUUUUUUUUUUAUAUUUAUCUUUGCAUUUUACAUUCUCACAUUUGUGGAAAUACAGAUGGCUCUGACGGUGGCUGUGACUUUGCACAUCAAAUUCACAUAUCUGAGGCGGUUUAUUGUAUCAUUAGAUGUAUCAUUAUUUGGAGUGACACUGAAACAGACCUUGGUUUUGCUGCAUUUGGCAAAUAUGUGAGAAAACUGCCUGAGAGGAGUGCAAUGUUACAGCAAGGCUUUCAUACAGCAUGCUUCAGACAGGCCGCUCAGUGCCCUGCAACAUGCAAAUUCAUGUAAUUCACACCAUGUUUUAUAAAUCCCAUCUAGCAAUCACUCUAGUGGCUUGUCUUGUACGGUCAGAGAUUUUGAAUAUAGACUAUUUUGCUUUGCAUCUUUCGAAUCAGCAGAAUUUGAACCACAUUUGUUGAUGUAUUCAACCUUCCUUUCAACGUGUUGUUUUCUUUAAGCUGCCAAAAAUGAGAUUUCAUUGACAUCAAUUAGUCUUGUUGUCAGACGUUGAUCUUAAUUUAUGGGCUUUGCACAAACUUGGGCUAUAGGUUUGUCGUCUUCCAGGAAAAUGUUACUGCGCUGUGGUAAAACGAACAACUAUGAUGAGUUGUAUACGAAUAUAUGAUUCAGCUUCGCAUAUACACAAGGGCUGACAACAGCCAGCCAUACCAAAAAUGUUAAAAAAUAUAUGUUUUGGGGUAUUUAUGUCCUGACGUGCGGAUAUUUUCUCAGCUGUGUGUGUGUGUGUGUGUGUUUGAGGCUGCGGGCGGUUAGUGAUGUCGUUGGUUGAGUAUUGAGCUCCCGUCUGACCUACUUUCGUACUUCGCAUCAGCUCAGCGCUGUUUACAGACGCUCGUGAACGGAGGAUGUGGACCCGGUAACGAAAAAAAACGCACGGAACCCGUUGCAGAAACGCCGAGACACGUUUCGCUAUAUAGUGGGAUUCCUCAGUUUAGGUGUUUCGUGCAGUUUUGUCCGGUUUCCCACUUUGGAGUGCAUUUUUGUGGAUUGUUUAUUGUAACGACGUGCUCGCUCGUGGCUUCCAGUGAGGCGCGGACGGAAUGUUCACCGAUAGCCGAAGUCCGUCGCGGAAAUGGAGGGUUCUGUAGUCUGAACAACUAACAUCAUGGAGCAAGAACAGAGAUUUAUUGACAAUUGACAGUAUCUUGAUGAUAAGCUAGUGUUUGGCAUUUUCGAACUGGCAACCUGUAAGGACAAGCAGCAGGCAUUGGCAGCAAGUCAUCUGUAGAGGGACACCGGCUGCUAGCCAUUGGAGAUUUUUUAGUAGCGGCUAAGCACUUGCAUUCGGUGGUUAGUGUGUGUCCUCUAUUAGAAUUAUUGGGGGUGCUUUGAGCAUAGAAGACACGAAUGGGACACAACAGCCUUCACAGAAGGCCUGAAUGGGAGAAGGAGUGAGAAUGGACAACCUUUCAGAGUUUGGAGGUCUUUGUCCGUCCAGCCGGAGGGAAUGGGACACAAGCAGUUGUGUGGAUGAUUUAAUGGAUGAAGAUGACAAGGACAGAGCAAAGAGGGCGUCCCGUAAUAAAUCAGAGAAGAAGAGGCGAGACCAGUUCAAUGUUCUUAUUAAAGAACUGUGUACGAUGCUGCAGGGUCAAGGUCACCCUCGCAAGAUGGACAAAUCCACCAUCCUGCAGAAAACCAUUGACUUCCUGCAGAAACAGAAAGACAUCACAGCUCAAACGGAAUCCUGUGAGGUCCGGCAGGACUGGAAGCCCUCUUUCCUGAGCAAUGAGGAAUUCACCCAGUUAAUGCUGGAGGCAUUGGAUGGAUUCCUGAUAGCUCUAACUACUGAUGGGAACAUCAUAUAUGUUUCUGACAGUGUCUCCUCUCUCAUUGGUCAUCUGCCGUCAGAUAUGGUGGACCAGAACAUUUUGAACUUCCUGCCGGAGCGAGAGCACGGAGAGGUGUAUAAACUUCUGUCAUCACACAUGCUUCUGACAGAGCCGUCUGCCGUCGACCUCAUCAACAGCAGCGAGACGCACAUCGAGUUCUGCUGUCAUUUAGCGAGAGGAAAUGUUGACCCAAAAGAACCGCCCACUUACGAAUAUGUCAAAUUCGUUGGUGAUUUUAAGUUUCAUAACAAUGUGCCUCUGUCCUCUAUAAACGGGUAUGAGCUGGCGUUCCCACGCACACUUCAGUCCUCACUGGAAGAGCAGAUCUGUCUCGUAGCCACGGUGAGACUGGUGACCCCCCAGUUCCUGAAGGAUCUGUGUAACGUGGAGGAUGUAUGUGAUGAAUUCACAUCGAGACACAGUCUGGAAUGGAAAUUUCUCUUCUUGGAUCACAGGGCCUCUCCUAUCAUUGGCUACCUGCCCUUUGAGGUUUUGGGGACAUCGGGUUACGAUUACUACCAUGUGGAUGACCUGGAGCUCAUUGCUCAGUGUCAUAAACAAUUGAUGCAGUGCGGGAAGGGAAAAUCAUGUUACUAUCGGUUCCUGAGUAAAGGACAGCAGUGGAUCUGGCUGCAGACACACUAUUACAUCACAUACCACCAGUGGAACUCCAAACCAGAGUUUAUCGUCUGCACACACAACGUGGUCAGUUAUGCUGAAGUCCGAGCGGAGAGAAGGAGAGAAUUUGGAUUGAAGGAAACCUCAUCUGAUAUGGCGACGUCCUCAAUCAAGGAGCAGGAGGUGUUUUUAGACAUGUGUCCUCCCUUGGAUGCUCCGCGGGACAGAAUCAGCAGCACGCGAUCGGUGUCGUCGCCAAGCUCUAUAAAAUCAUCGCACACGGCGCUGUCCGACUCGGCAUCAAACUCCUCGGUGAGGUACACAGAGCCAUGCCCGUCGUCACGGCAACCUGCCUCCAUCGGUCCAGAGAAGUCAUCCAGCAGAAUGCCAAACAGCGGAUCAAAGAACCGGAUAAAAAGGCAGAGCUCUUCUGAGCCUACGUCUCUCUCCCCCUCCUGCAGUCAACAUUCCACCAUGACACAAGCUUUGUACGGAUUCCAGCAGCCUCAUUUAGGCGUAAUGCAUCAACUAAAGGAACAGCUGGAAGAGAGAACACGCAUCCUACAAGCUGACAUUAAAACUCAGCAGCAAGAGCUGCACGACAUUAAAGAGAAACUACAAAUCGCUAAUUUACAGAUGCUACUUCAGCAACCUAUACAGGGAGAGUUUACUGCUUCAGGUCCGCAGCAGCAGGGUCCAGGCAGGGCAACCCAACAUGGCACACAUCCCAAACCUCAACACUGUGUCUCACAUUCACCUCACACACUGCACAGAGAACCGCCGAGUAGCUCAUCUGCUCAGGUGCAGCCAAGACUGGUGCAGAGUGGACAGAUGCAGGCUGUCAGUGUUCCAAUGCAGACACACACGAGUCUGACCACACCAUUCUACAGCAAUCCAAUGAUGUUCUCUCCGAAUCACGGACACAGAACCCAACACGAAACCCAUUGCCAUAGACAAACACACACCGAGUACAGCCAGGAUCCACAGCUACGGAUGCUGCUGAACCAGCCAAUGCAGACGCUUGUACCAGACAGCAGUGGGGGAGCAUCUUCUCAAUGCAGUUCAGCUGUUCUACAAACCAAAUAUCCUCUAGACCAGCAGAUGAUGGCUCCACCCUUCCCUGUGCAACAGAUGAAUUGCAACGCUGUACUUGUCCCCUCCCCUGUCUUCACCUCACCAAUCAUGAUCCCCCAUAAUAGUUUCAUCUCCCACCAGGCCACGCCCACCUACACGCCUCACCCGUCAGCUACGCCGCACAGCUUACCACUACAGCAGCCUCAUCAGUUCUUUCAGAUGCAGCCUCAGGGUCUGAUUCACAGUGCUCCCACACAGGCCUUAUUCCAUACCCCAAAUGUUCCACAGCAAAGCACCGUGGGAUACCUACAGCCACCCCAACAACAACAACAGCAGCAGCAGCACCAACAUACCCAGUCCGGCAACCUGUUGGACUACAGGAACAUGCUCCCCCGGUAGCCCCGCUCACAGGGAGAAGCCAAGAGUUUGCAGAGAAAGCAUGCUGAGCAAUUAGCUCUGUGGCAUGAGUGAAAGGAAUGAUGGGAAGGGACUAUCGGCUCAGGCUCCCUCUGGAGCCAAAUCAAGAAAGCCAAAGUCCCUCACAGUCCCCAUGAUUGCGCACGAUGGCAUCCCAAGGCUCUGCCCUGCCCAGACCGCCCAUAGAUGCUGGGAUGCGUUGGAGGAGCCCGAGGGGGCGUGACCCAUCUGGUAUUCGUGGAGGCAGGGGAAGCUCGGAGCGGUCGAGCAGAUGCUCUUAUUGACGAUAUUAAGAACUGGAUGCGAAGUGGAUAUGAAAGAUGCUAAGACUUGAGCUGUGGUUAUAUUUGUUCCUAUGGAGGUUUUUGGCACUUGUUACAGCUAGAUUGUGUUAUCUGGAAAUUUCAACAGACACAAGAGAGACAAAAUUAAGCAAUCAAGAAAUGCCUUGACAGUUGGGUGAUAGAACAGCUGUGAGUGAUGUCACAUUUUGUCAUCACUUACAAAAAUGAGUAACAACACAAGUUAAGUGAGAAUUCCCCCCAAAAAAACAACAGAAUUGUAAAAAAACUGCAGGGCUCAUCUUCACAGAUCAUAACCUACAAAUCCUUUUCUUCUGAGCUUUGUGUAUGAGCGGUUGUUUUGGAGGAGAGGAGCCAGGCACAGGAAAGAACAGGGUCAAACCUCUCUUGUACUUUAGCUUUAUGGCCAGACAGACAUUAUGUUAACAUUAACAUAUAGAAACUUGAAUAACGUUAAAAUAUUUAAGAACAAUUUUAGGGUCAACAAUUAACUUUUCUACCUUUGUUCCGAGAUCUACUGUACAUAUUGUUCCUCCGCAUGAGUUAUGAAAGCUCAUUAAGAACAGACGUACAUUUCAAAUCUCGUUUUUUUCAGGUAAAGCGUGUUGACUCUCUACACGAAAGGUUCUCAUUUGUUAUUUUGAGGUGUUUCAGACAUCUGUGACCCAGAUUGUCAACAUGUUCACACAGUGAAACUGUAGUGAUGUUGUCAAUAUCAGCACAGCAAAGUAUGUGUUUGGUAUUUGUUUUGGUAUUCAUUAUUUUUCAAUUGAUCUGUGAAAAUCUCAUUGUCAGUAUUAUACAGAGAAAAAGCUCUGUUUAAUUUGGGUGUUAUAGCAGUCGUGUGACAUUUUUGCGUGAGAUUGAAUGAUUUAAGACAAUCUUAAUGUGAUGACUUUAAACAGGGCACAGGGGUGCAGAAUUAAAGGUAAAGUUCACUUUAAAAAUUAACAUUCUGUCAUUAUUUACACGCCCUCUCAUCAUUUCAAACCUACAUGACUUUCUUUCUUCUGCAGAACACAAAAGAAGAUAUUUUGAAAAAUGUUGGUAACAGAAAACCGUUGGGAUUUUUCAGAAUAUCUUGUGUCUUGCUGAAGAAAUAAAAUGACAACAAGGUAAGUAAAUGAUGACAGAGUUUUAAUUUUGAAGGUGAAUUAUUUCUCAAAUAUUUUCACCUACCUGUAUAACUUGGGCUCACAAAUACGUCUCAAAUAUUAGCCAAAACAUGCUUAUUGGGCCUUCUUCAUGAAGCACAACCAUAAUGUUUUGCUUUUGUUUCAUGAAUAAGAACUUAUGUCUCCCUUUCAUUUCAUUUUUAUGUUUUGUUUGUCACUCAAUAGUCAAACAUUUUACCUCUUACAAAAGAUUCAAAGCAAAACAUCAAGAAAUCACAGAAUUAUUUUCUUCUUCGUAGGGACUUUAAGCUGUGCUCUCCCCUGUCCUGUCAAACCUUGCACAUGUAAAGACUGGUGCUGAUUAUUUUUGUAAAAAUCUUUAAAAGUCUAAAAUCAAGGUUCGUGAAAGCUUACAAUAUGUGCCCUUCUGCAUGCUGUGCAAUAAAAAAAUAAGAAUGUUUGUCAUUUAUACUUAUAAAAUAUUUUUGUUUGUUGGCAGGUAUGUUUUCUUGUAUUAGCAAGAGGCAUUUCAUACUAGUAAAAGCCUGUUCAAAUGAAAAAUAUUUUUGUAUGAUACUUCACAUUCCUUUAGUUAUGUAUAGCAAAGUUUGAAACUCCCGCACGCUCUCAGGUGCAACAUACACGGGUGUUUUGCUUUAGAAAUCAAUGUUUGCUUUCCAAAGCACCAUAAUUCAGUAGUUUUGACCGAUUAAAUUACUCAAAGGAAGCACUCCAGAGAUUAUAUUUGAAAUCUAUAACCCUUAUAUUAAUUUUCCCAUUAUUCUAACACUAUAUCUAACUGACCUGCCCAUUUGAACCAUUUCUGAACAUUUUCCAAAGGUUUUUGUAAGGAGUCUGAAUUGAAUAACUGGUCAUCUCAUCACUAGAAAGAUGUUUCAUGUGUUUUUGUAUCUUUAUACAUUGAAUAUGCUGUUUGUUGCAGCAUUUCUGUGGACAUGGCUUGGUUGUGCAUGGAUCUAAACAGCAACGGUUAUGAGACUAAAAUACACUACAAGACUUUUGCUCAUCAGAUCUGUUUAGAUUUUAAAAGUCUUGUAUUGUAUUCCAGCCAUUAGUGGGUUUUAUCUGAAACCUUAAAAAGUCUGCAAGUGUACGAUGCCUAAAAAAAGUCGUUUCGAUUUUAAAAGUCCAUUAGAUGAAUGCACGGCUGAGUUAGUAGGACACUGUAUAAUGUGCCAGGGUGUUCAGUAUCAGUGCCUCUUGUUUUCACUCAAAAAUAGCAAAGGCUCAACGAUCCGAUGUGUUCAGUCAUGUGCCAGCCAUUUUAGAGAAACAUCUGUGUGCAUCUUACCCUGAACAAAACCAGCUGCUUCCUUCUGGUUCCUUAGUUUAACAGCUAUUUUGGUGUUUUCUCAAAUAUUUUGCCAGCCAGACUCAAACAUUUAGUCUCAAAUGCUCCAAGGUUUGAUUGUUUUAAUGUGUACAUGUGUUGGCUGUGUUGUUUGCACAUAUGGAUGUUUGCGUCUUUGUGUCUAUUGGGCUGUGAGUGGUGAAGGAAAACUGACCCUCUUUUCUCUCCUGUGAAACUUAGCUCUGCUCGUGGAGACUGCACUUUAUUCUCAUCCCCCCGCACUUAAUUCUUUUCAUUUUGUAGAUUUCACUCUGGCGUGGAAUUCUCCCCAAAGUGUCUGUUUUCGUUUCAGGCCUUGUGGGUUUGUGUGACUGUGUGUUGGGAGUAUGAGAAGAGAAGAAAUGACACCUGGUGUAAACAGCCAUCUCUGCCGAUACUCUGCAAAAACACAAGAUGUUGUAAUAUAUGAUGUAUAAGCAAGAUAUUUAGAAAAUAUAGUUGUUUAUUUUAUAAGAUGUCUAAUAGAAAUACAUUUAUAUAAAUUGUCUGAUCUAAAAGUUAAAAACUGAGAUAUUUUGUAACAGUGUCUUAUUUGGAGGGGAAGGUAAAGCCUUUCUGUUUUGCAGUUCAGCGAGUUGGUGUUGCACAGUUGUUGUAUGGCUUGUUUACCCCUUUUUUCUUCUGUGUACAUAAACCAUCACAACAAGCUUUAAAUAUUGUUAAUUAUUGUUUUAAUAAAAUUAUUAAUAAAAUGUUUACAUUCUGAAAGAG